CCCGCCCGACCCCGGCGCGGAGGAGGAGCCGCUCGCAGCCAGGGAGCCAUGUCCGCGCCUGCCGGGCUGCCGCCUCGGCCCGCAGCCUCCCGGGAGGCCGCGCCUCGGUUCCAGAACGGUCCGGUGCAGGGUCAGAUGCACUUCCCCUCUGGCUAUGGCUCGCAUCCUCCAAACUACAGCGUGCCCUCAGGACACUAUUCCCAAGUGCCCAAUAAAGCUGCUGCUUCACAUUUGGAUAAUGAGUAUAGAGCCAGUUACUACCCUACUUACUAUUCAGCACCAGCACAAAAUAUUAUGACACCUUCUGUGGGAACCAAUGUGUUGAGUCCACAGGAAUCGCAGCAGUUCUACAAAACCUCUCCCCAUACAGUGGGCUCAGCUGAAGGACCUAUUCAAGGAGCAAUAUCAUCUGCAUCUUACUUGCAUACAAGUGCUCAGCAGUCAUACUCAGCAUUUGCUAACCACUACAGCACUUCUGUUGGCUCUUCAGUUGCAUCUCAGGGAUUUCCCCUUAAUUCUGAUGACUACACCAUGCCUGUGGCCUCUAGUGCCAUGUAUCCUAAUGUUUCCUAUCCUCCUGUGGCUGCUGGCAGUGUGUAUGGGCAGGCGUAUACCUCUCAGAGCCUACCUGCUGUUGGACAGUUCAAAGAAACUAAUACAUUUUCUAGCCAGAGUACAUCGGUACCUCAUUCACUUCAACAGCAUGUUCCCAUGGGAUAUAAUUCAACGUCAGCUAUUUCAUCUGCUCAGUCCGUUCAAGACAACAUCAGCAGGAGUCCCACUGGAUCAGUUGCUAAAGCAAACAACCAAAUAAAUAGAGGUGGCAUUGAUUCUUCACAGUCUGUGCAGUCUGUGAAGCAGACUGUUCCGUUUACCAAGCCUGGGGCUGGAACAUCUGCUUCCUCUGCUGUGAACUCAUCAGUAAGGACAUCUGCUCCAAGCCUUUCUUCACAGCCACGAUCUUCUCCCUCUGUUACACAGUCACCAGAGCCGGCCCUUCAGGAAGGCAUGCAGUAUGGUGGAUAUGUUAAUAAUCAAGCUAGCUCUGCACCAGCUCCCUUGUCAUCAAGUUCAGAUGAUGAGGAAGAGGAUGAGGAGGAUGAGGAAGCAGCAAUUGAUAGUUCCUCUACUACAAGCAGUGCCUCUCCUGUUCUGAACAAUUAUGAUGCCCUGGAAGGAGGAGGCUAUCCAGAGACACGUUCUGUCACCAGUAGCCCAGUUCCUGCUCCAUCAGCCCCCCAAACAUCAAAAGCUUCUAAGCCAUUUGGUUAUGGCUAUCCAACACUGCAGCCUGGCUACCAAAAUGCGACGCCUCCUACUCCAGUGCAGCCCAGUAAUCCAGGACAGCAUCCUGGUUUUCAGCACUAUCCACAGCAAUAUCCAGGUGUGAACCAGCUGUCUUCUUCCUUAGGAGGGUUAAGUCUGCAGCAUUCUCAGCAGCCAGAAAGCUUGAGACCAGUAAACCUUACACAAGAGAGAAAUAUUUUGCCUGUAUCUUCAGUUCCAGCACCUGUGCCUAACUUGAAUUCUGAUCUUAGGAAAUUAAACUGCAGUCCAGAUUCAUUUCGAUGUACAUUGACAAAUAUUCCACAGACACAGGCUUUGUUAAACAAAGCUAAGCUUCCUUUGGGAUUGUUGCUGCAUCCCUUCAGAGACCUAACGCAAUUACCAGUAAUAACGUCAAGCACGAUAGUGAGAUGCAGAUCCUGCAGGACAUACAUCAACCCUUUUGUUUCUUUCAUUGAUCAAAGGAGGUGGAAAUGCAAUCUGUGCUAUAGAGUUAAUGAUGUUCCUGAAGAAUUUAUGUAUAAUCCUCUGACGCGAUCUUAUGGAGAGCCUCACAAACGGCCAGAGGUCCAAAAUUCUACAGUAGAAUUCAUUGCUUCCUCAGACUAUAUGCUUCGUCCUCCUCAGCCUGCGGUAUAUUUAUUUGUUUUAGAUGUGUCUCAUAAUGCAGUGGAGGCUGGAUAUUUGACAAUAGUCUGCCAAUCAUUGCUGGAAAACCUAGACAAGCUGCCUGGAGAUUCAAGAACAAGAAUCGGAUUCAUAACAUUUGACAGCACUGUUCAGUUUUACAACUUGCAAGAAGGUUUAUCUCAGCCUCAGAUGCUGAUUGUCUCAGAUAUUGAUGAUAUUUUCUUACCUACACCGGAUAGUUUACUUGUAAAUCUCCAUGAAAGCAAAGAGCUGAUAAAAGACCUGUUGAAUGCGUUACCAAAUAUGUUCACCAAUACAAGAGAAACACACAGUGCAUUGGGCCCUGCUCUUCAGGCUGCAUUUAAACUGAUGUCUCCCACAGGAGGUCGGAUAUCUGUGUUUCAGACUCAGUUACCAUCUUUGGGAGCAGGGCUUUUACAUUCCAGAGAAGAUCCGAAUCAAAGGUCAAGCACAAAGGUGGUCCAGCAUCUUGGUCCAGCAACGGAUUUUUAUAAGAAGUUGGCACUGGACUGCUCAGGACAGCAGACUGCUGUGGAUUUAUUUCUUUUAAGUUCACAAUAUUCUGAUCUGGCUUCUCUUGCUUGUAUGUCCAAGUAUUCUGCUGGAUGCAUCUAUUACUACCCAUCUUUCCAUCGUAGCCAUAAUCCUGCUCAGGCUGAAAAGUUGCAAAAAGACCUUAAAAGAUACCUCACAAGAAAGAUUGGAUUUGAAGCAGUUAUGCGCAUAAGGUGUACAAAAGGUCUUUCAAUACACACUUUUCAUGGGAACUUUUUUGUACGGUCUACUGAUUUAUUGUCCCUUGCCAAUGUCAAUCCUGAUGCUGGAUUUGCGGUACAAAUGUCUAUCGAGGAAAGUCUGACUGACACAUCUUUGGUUUGUUUUCAAACAGCUCUUUUGUAUACUUCCAGUAAAGGUGAACGUCGAAUUCGAGUGCACACACUUUGCUUGCCUGUAGUAAGUUCACUGGCUGAUGUAUAUGCAGGAGCGGAUGUACAAGCAGUUGUAUGCCUCUUAGCAAACAUGGCUGUGGAUCGCUCAGUUUCUUCUAGUCUUUCAGAUGCAAGAGAUGCCUUAGUUAAUGCUGUGGUAGACUCCUUAGCAGCAUACAUGACCACUGCCUCAAAUCUGCAGCAGUCAAUGCUGAUAGCACCAAAUUCCCUCAAGCUGUUUCCACUCUAUAUUUUGGCCCUUCUUAAACAGAAAGCAUUUAGAACGGGCAUGAGUACACGCUUGGAUGAUCGUGUAUAUGCGAUGUGUCAGAUGAAGAGCCAGCCUCUUGUUCAUUUGAUGAAAAUGAUACAUCCCAAUUUGUACAGAAUAGACAAGUUGAUUGAUGAGGGUACAAUACAUGUAAAUGAUAGAGUUGUUCCUCAGCCACCACUUCAGAAGCUGUCUGCAGAGAAGUUGACAAGAGAAGGAGCUUUUCUCAUGGAUUGUGGUUCAAUUUUUUACAUUUGGAUUGGAAAAAACUGUGAUAACAACUUCAUAAAAGAUGUCCUUGGAUACCCAAACUAUGCGUCAGUACCACAGAAAAUGACACAGCUUCCCGAGGUAGAUGCACUUUCUUCAGAAAGGACACGAUCUUUUAUAUCUUGGCUUAGAGACAGCAGACCUUUAAGUCCAGUUCUUCAAGUGAUAAAAGAUGAGAACCCUGCCAAAAUGGAUUUUUUUCAGCAUUUAAUUGAGGAUCGGACAGAAGCAGCUUUCUCAUAUUAUGAAUUCUUACUUAAUAUUCAACAGCAGAUUUGCAAAUGAACAAGGAAUAAGUAGAAGAAAAAUCUUGACUUCAGAUAGAAGCAUGGGCCAAGAGAAGCAUAUGGGAAGUUAUGAAAGUGGAUGCUAGUUCUUCACAAUAUACGGUGACCAGCACUGUUACGGAAGCUUUACAGCUGAAGUAUACAUUUCCAAAAGAAUUUUUGCGGAUUUAAUUCAGUCUAAAAGUGCUAGGAGUGAUGAAGCUGUUUCACUAGUAAACUUUAAAUUGGUUUAUACAUGUUUCCAGUUGUGCAGCAGUAUGGUGCUCUGUUUAUUGCAAGCUGGUGAAUUUAUGUAGCUAUGUGGGAUGAUAUUUCAUAACAAAAUGUACAAUUAGGUAAAGCCUUUUUUCUUACGUUUAUUAUAGUCGCCCUUCCAGAUCCAGAUUCUUAACACAGAUGUCAAAGGGCAGUGCUGUAUGUUGAUUGUUUAUAUGAAUUUCUUUUUAAAAGGAAUGAUUCAUAUUUACUAAAGACUUCAGCAAAUUCCCUAUGAAAGUUGUAGAAUUUCAGUAAAGUACAUUAAUUGUAGAAAUAAGAUAUAUAAUGUACAUAAGUAUUACAUUUGUAAAGAAAAUGUAAAAAAUGUAACUUAAAAAAAAGACUUAGCUCAGUGUGCAGAAUUGAGUGCUCAAUGAUGAAUUGUUUUGUCCCAGCAUAGACAAUGAGGUUGACUAUUAUCAUGCUAAAAAAAAGUAGCCAUGUAGAAAGAAUGUAGCUGCUUCUUCUGUUAAUUUUAGGUGAAUUUAUUUAUGAUUGGCUUACUAAUUAAAAAAUAUUUUGCUUUCUCAUGUUUUUAUAUUUAUGCAAGUGUAAUCUUUUUGCAACUAAACUCUUACUGAACUGAAUAUUGAAGAGAACACGUUUACCGCUUUGUUUCACAGAGCUCUGGAAGGGACGAGAAAACACUGCAUAGUCUGAAAUGAGAUAUUGAUAUAAAGUUUCUAAACCCAUUUUUAUGUAUUACCCUAAAGAAGGCAUAUCUGUUAACCUUGUUUUACAUUUUGUAAAGUGUAGUCUUGGUCCAGUUUUCUGUAUCUUGUGUUGUCUGCCACUUAAAGUAAGCAUGGGUAAUUGCUCAUUCACACUUGAUCAUUUGAUUUCUGCUGUGAGAAAAAGAAUGGGGAGUGUAAAACUUAAUUACCUUUUAGCAAUGAAGUAAAGGCUUUAAAAUGUCAAAAUUCAAAAUGUAAUUACACUAUUGAAUCUUUCUGAAAUCUUGUUCCUACUAAUAUUUUGAUAACUCAAUGGUUUGGGCUUUUUGAUAGAUUCAUCCCAGAUUUUUAAGUUUGCUUGUUAUGUUGAGAUGGUUUUGGUUUGGUUAUUUUUAGAGGCACAUUAGAAGUAGUUCAUAAAGCACAGUCACUCGCACUUACUAUUCUUUGGUUUGAUGAAAUGUGACUGCAAUCAAAUGAAGUACAAAAAAAGUAAAUUAUAAUCAGUAUGAUUACCUUUUAUUUUAAAGUGGCUUUGAAAAUGCUAACAUUGCAUUUUAACUGCCAUAGCCCCUGAAUCAAAUAGUCAAGGAUAAAAGUACUAGCUAUGGUUUGCAAAUGCUUUAAAAGCUGCACUAAUUAAAUUCUGCAAGUGUGUUAUUCUGCAUGUUAGCACAAACACAUUGUUUGGAGAAGAUACGUUAUAAGUUAAAUUUGUGUGUCGUCCUUAAGUAAAUGUGUUUAAGUUGCUCAUAGUUUACUGAAGAGAAACUUUCCAUAUUAAUUGUCUUGUAAUAAAUGUCUGAGGCGAUGCUGAAUGUUGUCCCUAAAUGAGACUUCCAGGAUUUCAGUACUUGUUUGUAGAUUAAUUAGCAUUAGGUGAAAGCUACAUGCUGCUAAAGUGGGGCAUCCUAAAAAUCAUUUGUAAUUGCCAAGACGAAAAGGGCACGUUACAAUUUUAAAUGCCCCUUGAUAGAUGCUUCUGACUUGUGAGCUUGGUAUUGAAUAUCUGGGAACAUAAUAUGCUAUGAUUAAUUGCAACAUAUUCUGUAAAACGAGUACUUAAAGCUUUAUUCUUCUAUGGUUUUUUGUAUAUGAAAAUUAUGAAAAGUACAUCUUGAGCUAUUUGUUCAGUAAAAUUAUUACAUGGCACAGAGAAUCUAGUUAUUUUUUACUAAUUAUAGAGCACAUCAAUUACUUAGCACAACUAAAGAUCUGACUGAUCUUUAGUUUAAAUUUUAAAAAGUCUCUUGGAAGUAUCUUGAAUUUGAAACAUCUAAGGAUUGGGUGUUUUGAACAGUAGACUAUCUGUAGGCACGGCAAAAGUAUCUAAAAGACAGUUUUACUUACGAUGGUUUGGAUCACACCACUGUACCAGAAGAUAUCGACCAAAAGAUGAAUCCCUACCAAGGGGUGCACUGUAAAGCUCAACAAGCCUUUUGCCUCCUGAGAAACAUUGCGGAGGAGAGACAAGGGACAUGCUUUUGGGAUAUGCUGUUUAAAUAAAGUGCUCAUCUGUCCAGAGAGGAUCCCUAGUCUUUUUAGGGAUUGAACUCUUCCCAAAACACCUUCAACACUGCAUAAUAUAAAUCUAUUUAAUCAGAAAUUUAAGAUUCGCUGGGGAAAAUGUUUCCCAGCCCCAGCUAAGUAAGUCUUUGGGGAUCAGUUCAAAUUCUCAGUAUUUUAAAUACUGACAGUGGGUGUCCCUUUCUAUGUCUUAGUUCUGAACACAACAUCUUAUACUUCUUUUACCACGUAAGUAAUAUGAGAGUUCCUCCUGGAGAAAUUUCAGUCCGGAAAGGUCUUCAAUGGCAGGACACAUGAUGCAGCUUCCUGAGAAUUAUUACUUAUUUUUAUUCUGUUUUGUGUUCUUAAGCUUAUUAGAAAUAAGCCUAUUCAUUAAUCUUGAUGUAAGGCUUCAUAGCAACGGACAAAAGAUGACCAGGUGAUUUUGCUUGUCUUUGGUUUUCUGUACAUUUUGUCAAAUACUGAAAUGAUGGUUUUGUCAUUAUUUUUGUUCUUAAAAAGCCAAAAUCAGUUGUUAUUAAUCAUGAAAGGCAAGAACUCUUCAGUAAUUUUAAAUGUGGAGUCUUAACAUUUUCUCAGGCUGAAUAUAUUUUAAGAAUUUUAUGCAAAAUUUUCUGGUUAUGAGACAAUACAGUCUCUGAAUUCUAUUGUUAGAAGUGUUAACUCAUGCAUAAGAGUCCUGAAAGAUCUUGGGUUUAUUUUAGUUUUAGGCUAACUUUUUGCCUCAGUUGUGUAUGCUGAUCGCAGACAUGAUGUAACCCUACAAAAGCUUAGCAGCCAGUUUCACUAAUAGCGAGUUUGGAGGUCUGAGGCUUUAACAGGUGAUGAGUUUAUGCAAUACCCCAAAUACAUGUCUGUUACCCUGUCAAAAAUUAUGUAGUGACUUUGUUUAAAAGCAGUUCUUAAGAUUUUUAAUACAUAUUAAAUCUUUUACAUAAUUCUUUCUGUUAAUUUACUUUGUUUAAAAAAAAGGGUGGAGGGGUAUCUACAUAUUCUUGCCAUAAAGGAGGUAGAAUAUAAUCAGUCUUUCAGAAUCAAAAAAGUUAAGUACUAAUUAGAGGAAUCCAAUAGUAAUGCCUGUUGGACCUGGAGAAUUCUGUGAUUUAAUGUAACAGGGGUUUUUUGCUACAGUUGUGUUCAGGAACUUAAAGGGAGAGUGGGCAGACUGUAAUGAUUUAUUGAUCUAUCUUUUUCUUGUCAGUUCCUAGAAUUAAAAACCCACAUUUCUAGCAGCCUUGCAUGCCUUUGCUUAAACUGACUUAAUGUAUUCACAUGCAGGAAACUCUGGUUACAACUGUUGCACGUAACUGGGAUUUGAAGUCUCUCUUGAGAAUGUUUUGGUUUUUUCUCACAAGCUACGGAUGCCUUUUGAUGAAAAAUCUGAAGCCAUCCUACUUGUUUGAGUGUAGCAAGAGAAUUCUCAUGUGAUUAGUGCCAUGUAAAAGAGAUUAUUAAAAGACCAAUGAAAAUUCGAAUAGUCACAGUAUAGAGAUUCUUCAGUCUAUGCUCCGAUCCUGAAUUCUUACCGACUUUGACUUGCAGGGUAUUUGAUGUCUUUUCCUUUACAGUUUUGAUAAAUAGAGAAUAUUGAAUACUUCACAGAAUACAUUUUUUAUAUUCCUCUGAACAUCCUUAGCAGAAGUGAUAGAGCUGUCCAAUUAGGGAUACCAAUCAUGCACGGGAUUUUAGCAGUUGUGCACUUCUACAGAAGAUAAAUAGAGGAUAUGGCAGAACUACUGGAAAUAUUAAAAAAAAAAAAUGGACAAGAAGAAUGAGUUUUUUCAUCUUGUUUUUCUUGCACCUGUUUAUGAUAUUCUGUUUUAUGUUUUUUUUAAAGUACGUACAUGGGCUGUAUUUGAUUUUUCAGAUGUUGACACCACCACUCUAGUGGCAUCAGCGAAUAUGGAUCUCCAAUUACACCUUAAUCAUAUUGCCAUUGAAAGAAAAGGGACAGUUUUAAAAAGGUCAGGAGUAUUGUAAGGAUGCACUGCUUAGCGAGUAGUGUGAUAUUUCGUUUCUUAUAUUUAUCAUCAUGAAUAGAAAUUCUCUGCUUGUGAGACACCUAGAUUUUGUGAGAUUCUUGAGUAAAAUGUUUACUGGCGCAAGAAUCCUCAAGCAUCAGGAAAAGCUGGUGAUAAUCAACCAUCUUGGUAGUCUGCUAGCCAUAGGAAAUAUUCUUCCCAUCAUUUUUUUGAAAAUAUGUUUAAAAAAUUAACAAAAUAUUUUAUUUUAAUGUUAGAACCAUGGGGGAGAAUUACAUUUAGAAAAAUGCCUUAUUAAUAACUUCUGUAGAUAUGAUGGUUUCAAAAACUUCUACAGGCUAUAAAUCCCAGCUCUUAUGAAUACCAAACGUUACUAAAAAUUACCUGAUGACCUAACAAAGCAGCAAAGGAAAAAAGAACAAAAUGGGUAGCUGUCAUCUGUAGCUAAGGAACUCUUUCUGCUUUUCUUUGUCUCUUUGGUGACUGAAUAUGCUGCCUUUAUUAUCAGAAGUAGAGAUUAGGGGAAGCUAAGAGUAAAAGAACUCCACCACUGAUGUGUGAUGAAUGUCUUUGUCCCCCUUGCUGAACAUAUGCAUAGCUUCUGAAAGAUUCGUGCUUUAUCUAUCCAGAUGUUGGAGUUUAGCAAUGUCUUGGAGAUAGCUGUAUUUCGAAGUGCCUUAUAUGCUUGUUCAAAAUAAAAAGCCAUUUGAGUUUCCAAGCUCUUCCCCUUCUCCAUCCAAAAUAUUGUUUAUAAUUACCACAAAUACUUUGUUUACACAAAAGUGUAAUUUAUUCUUGGAGAGAGCAAGCGUGAAAUCUUUCAGCCUUCCAAAGAUGUGUUUUGAAAGUUAAAGUUGCUGGAAAAAGCAUGGAAAGUACUUCAGCAACCAUGACUGUGGCACCUCUAACAGUGUGGACGGACUGGUUCUGCAGGAGGAACACAGCCACUGAGAAAAGCAGCAUGUGAGGGGUCUGUCAGCUGCUCCAUCACUGUCUCACUGCAGCUACAUCAUUAAGUGGCGUUGCCCAUUAGUCUGCUCUGGUAUCCUCUCUCCUUCAAGAGUGGCUGCUAUUAGAUGGUCUGGGGUGAAACGUGCGAAAUCCCUACUGCACAGGUUGUCCUACUCCAAGUUGCAUCUCUACCUUGCAUAUUUAGACACUAGUUGGACAUGUGAAAGCCUGUUGGUAUUUCUGCUAAUCAAAAUAACUGAGUAUUGUUGAUCUUAGAUUGAGUAACUACUUCUAAAGAAAAGUUCUGUAAUCUAAUCACCUCUGAAGAAAGGUUUGGGUUUUUUUAUUUCUGAAGGUUCAGUACCUUCCUGUGCUAGGGAUAAUAGGUGAUACCAAACUGCUUUACACCUUCCUUUGACAUGCUGUUAUCAUCUCCUUAAUUUGCUUUCUAAGUCUUUCAGUUUCUCAGUGUGUUUAAAUUUUUGAUGGUGUUCAUCUGUCUUCUCACACCACCAGCUAAGACAAUCCUGGAGAUGGGUUGUCUAUGCAAGGUAUUGCAAGUGAUUGAUGUAAGAGGUAUCACCAGCCUUUUCUCUUUUCUACUCUCUUUAUCCUUAAUUCUUGUUGAACUUUAACAGUAAUACC